AGCACCUUUUUUUAAUGUGUUUGCAAAUUUAUAUCCAACAAUUAUAAAUGGUCAAUGACAAUAUUAAUAUUAAACAAAAAUUGAAAAAAAUUGUAGCAAAACAGGCUAAUCAAUUCAAAUAUCAGCGAUUUGACAAGAAGAAGAUCCGAGAUAUGGCAGAGAUCAGGAGAAGACCUUUCUUCAAGACAAUACUCAAUAUAGUUCACAGAUUUGUAGUUUUAAUUUUGCGAUUCAUAUUUAAGAAUAUCAUUUAUGGAGAAAAAGGACAAAGUGUUCCCCCCAUUAAAAACCUCUUACUAUUGGAACCGGCAACAACUUUAGCGAUGAAAAUAAGAACGAAAAAAAUCACAAGUGUUGAAGUUAUGCAAGCAUUUAUUGAACGUAUUGAGGAAAUAAACCCAAUUAUAAACUGCGUUGUUGACGAACGUUUUGCUGAAGCACUGAAGGAAGCUGAAGAAGUUGACAAAUUGAUUGCUAGUGAUGUAAUGACAGAACAAGAAAUACUAGAAAAAAAGCCCUUUUUAGGUUUACCAAUUUCUACAAAAGACUGUAUAUCUGUCAAAGAUUUGCUUAAUACUGGUGGAGUAUAUCAUCGACGAAAUGUAAGAGCAAAAGAAGAUUCAACAGUUAUCGCAAGAAUGCGUGAAGCAGGUGCAAUUCCAUUUUGCCUUACAAACAUAUCGGAACUGUGUAUGUGGUAUGAAAGUAAUAACACUGUUCAUGGACGUACGAAUAAUCCCUACGAUACGUAUCGUAUUGUUGGAGGCUCAUCAGGCGGUGAGGGUGCAAUUCAAGCUGCUGGCGCUUCGCCAUUUGGAAUAGGAAGUGAUAUAGGUGGAAGUAUAAGAAUGCCUGCAUUUUUCAAUGGCAUUUUUGGUCAUAAACCUUCACGAGAAGUUGUUUGUAAUAAACGUCAAUUCCCUGCACCAUUUACUGAAGAACAACGCAACAUGUUAAGUACAGGUCCAAUGUGUCGAUUUGCUUGUGACUUGAAACCUAUGUUAAAAGCAUUAGCUAAUAAAGAACACAUAAAACUAUUGAAACUUGACGAGCCUGUUGAUGUUAAGAAAAUUAAAGUGUUUUAUCAAGAAAAUGAUCUCGGUGGUUAUUUGGUAUCUCAAGUUGACAAGGAUAUUCAGGAAGCUUUAAAGAAAGUUGCAAAUUAUUUUAAGAAUUCAUUGAAAAACGAAGUAACUAGAGUUGAAAUCGCACGAACAAAAAAUACAGCUGCAAUGUGGUUUGCUAAUAUGAUCUCAAAGGAUUCACCAUCAUUUUCAGAACAAGUCGCCGAAGAUCCUGAUGGUAAAAUUAAUGGAUUUGUUGAACUUGCAAAAUGGAUGUUUGGAAAAUCGAAUCAUACAUUUAUUGGUAUAAUGACGAGUCUAACGGAAUCAACUUCAGUUCAACCAGGAAGCAUCAAGCAUAAAUAUCUUCUCAGUGAACGUGACAAAAUAAUUGAAGAGUUUCGCGAAAUGCUUAAAGAUGAUGGAGUUUUUCUAUAUCCAACACAUCCAUGUGUAGCUCCUUAUCACAAUGAGCCCAUGUUGCGUACCUUAAAUUUCAGUUAUACUGCACUUAUCAAUUUAUUAGGCAUGCCAAGCUGUAACAUUCCCUUAGGAUUGGGUCGUGAAGGAGUUCCCGUUGGAAUUCAAGUUGUCUCUAAUUACAAUAAUGAUCGAUUGUGUUUAGCUGUUGCUUGCGAAUUAGAAAAAGCAUUUGGUGGAUGGGUAAACCCACCUGAAUGUAAAUGAAUUUGAUUUGUUUUUCUUUGGUAAUUAAGGCUGUUCUAUUUUUGUACAAUUGUCUUGUGAUUGUUAUUUUUUACAAAUGUUUGCAAACAUUUUAUACCUGCUUUAUGGGAUUAACUAUACUAUUAAUCAUACUUAAUUUAAUUAAAUCUGU